AUGAAUAACGCGUCGUUUAGACUCUGGUUGUUCUUUCUUUUCUUGAGCUUACGCGCGAAGACUACCGCGAAACAAAGCCAAAGACUGGUGGUCACCAAAGCAGUCAUCUCUCCACCAAAUGGGCCUUUGAAAAAAGCGGGAGCGAAAUCCGAGGAGGACAAGUUGUUGGCGGAUGCGGACAGCAGCUCGAAAGGAAUGUUCACGAACGUCGACCCGGCGAUUCGUACGAUUAUUCCGGAAGCGAACGGGAGAACCGUCGUGAAGAUGGUGUACGUGGUUUUGGAAUCGCAAUAUCAGUCUUCCUUGUCCGCCGCGGUGAAGCAAAUCAACGCGACGAACAAAAACGUCUGCGUUCAAGUCUCCGGUUACUUGUUGGAAGAAUUGAGAAACGAGGAUAACUUGAAUCAGUUCAAAACUGACGUGGAGAACGCGAAUGUUUUCAUCGGUUCUUUGAUCUUUAUCGAAGAAUUGGCGGAAAAGAUUGUGGAUAUCGUCGCGCCGUUGAGAGACUCUUUGGACGCGUGCGUGAUCUUCCCGUCCAUGCCGGCGGUCAUGCGAUUGAACAAGUUGGGUACGUUUUCCAUGGCGCAGUUGGGUCAGUCCAAAUCCGCGAUCGCUUCUUUCAUGAGAAAGAAGAAGGAAUCCGGUGGUUUCGAAGAGGGCAUGUUAAAGUUGGUCAGAACUUUGCCGAAGGUUUUGAAGUAUUUGCCGAGCGAUAAGGCGGCGGAUGCGAGAAACUUUAUGAACUCUUUGCAAUACUGGUUGGGCGGUUCCUCGGAAAACUUGGAGAACUUCUUGUUGAUGAUCUCCAAGGCGUAUGUUCCGGAGUUGGCCGGAGUCGACGUCGGGGAAGUUGCCGAGCCGGUGACGUUUCCGGAUAUCGGUAUCUGGCACCCGAUGGCGCCGACCAUGUUCGAAGACGUCAAGGAGUACUUGAACUGGUACGAUACCAGAAAGGACAUCAAGUUCAAGAAGGACGCGCCGGUUAUUGGCGUCGUUCUCCAGAGAUCGCACUUGGUCACCGGUGAUGCCGGUCACUAUGACGGUAUGGUCAUGGACUUGGAAGCGAGAGGUGCCAAGGUUGUCCCGGUCUUUGCCGGCGGCUUGGACUUCUCCGUGCCCGUGGAUCGCUUCUUUUUUGAUCCGAUCACCAAAGGCGCUUUGGUCGACACCGUGUUGUCCUUGACUGGUUUCGCCUUGGUUGGUGGCCCGGCCAGACAAGAUCACCCGAAAGCGAUCGAGUCGUUGAAGAAGUUGGACGUGCCGUACAUGGUUACCGUGCCGUUGUCCUUCCAAACGACCGAGGAGUGGAAAGACUCUACGCUCGGUUUGCACCCGGUGCAAGUCGCGUUGCAAGUCGCGCUUCCGGAGUUGGACGGUGGUUUGGAACCGAUCAUCUUUUCCGGCAGAGACUCCAAGUCUGGUAAAUCCCACGCUUUGGAAGAUCGCUCGUCGCAAAUUGCGGACAGAGCCAUCAAGUGGGCCUCGUUGAGACGCAAGAAGAACGCGCAAAAGAACUUGGCCAUCACCGUGUUUUCGUUUCCGCCGGACAAAGGGAACGUCGGUACCGCCGCGUACUUGAACGUCUUUGGUUCCAUCUUCAGAGUCUUGCAAGACUUGAAGAAGAGAGGUUACAACAUCGGUAACUGCCCGGACAACGAAAUGGACUUGAUCAAUUCUGUCUUGAACGACAAGGAAGCGCAAUUCCAGUCGCCGGACUUGAACGUCGAAUACAGAAUGCCGGUGACUGAGUACAAGAAGUUGUGCGACUACGAAACGGAACUCCACGAAAAUUGGGGCCCGCCGCCUGGGAAUUUGAACACCGACGGCCAAAACAUGCUUGUGUACGGCAAGAAGUUUGGUAACGUCUUUAUCGGUGUCCAACCGACCUUUGGCUACGAAGGCGAUCCCAUGCGAUUGUUGUUCUCCAAGUCCGCGUCGCCGCACCACGGCUUCGCCGCGUAUUACACGUACAUCGAGAAAAUCUUCAAAGCGGAUGCCGUCUUACACUUUGGUACCCACGGCUCUUUGGAGUUUAUGCCGGGGAAACAAGUCGGUAUGUCUGGCGUCUGCUACCCGGACUUGUUGAUUGGUUCCACGCCGAACAUUUACUACUAUGCCGCGAACAACCCUUCGGAAGCGACCAUCGCCAAGAGACGUUCGUACGCCAACACCAUCUCCUACCUCACGCCGCCGGCUGAAAACGCUGGCUUGUACAAAGGAUUAAAAGAAUUGAAGGAAUUAAUUGCCUCGUACCAAACUUUGAAAGAUUCUGGUCGUGGCCCGUCCAUCGUGAACACCAUCAUUACCACGGCAAUCACGUGCAACUUGGACAAGGACAUCAAGGAGUUGCCGUCCGCGGACGCUGACGCUGCUGAAUUUGAGCAAGAAUUCAGAGACUUGAUCGUCGGUAAAGUGUACGGUAAGAUCAUGGAGAUUGAAUCAAGAUUGUUGCCGUGCGGUUUGCACGUCGUCGGUUGCCCGCCGUCCGCGGAGGAAGCGGUUGCGACUUUGGUCAACAUUGCCGGCAUCGACCGCGAGGAAGACGGCAUCAUCGGUAUGCCGCAAUUGUUGGCACAAGCUAUCGGCGAAGAUAUCGAAAACAUCUACCGCAGAAACGAUGCCGGUGAAUUGGAAUACGUCCAAAUGUUGCAAGACAUCACGUUUGCGUCCAGAGAUUGCGUCGGUUCGUUUGUCAAGAACGCGGCUGACCCGACUGGAAGAGUCGCGGCUAACGCGCUCGGCCAACUCGGCAAAAUGUUUGGCGAUGCCUCCAUCGCGUUGCCGUGGGGCGAUGCCUUGAAGGGCACCAAGUUCGAAAAGGUUGACAACGGCAAAAUGCGCACGUUGUUUGACUACCUCAGAUUUUGCUUGGAGCAAGUUGUCAAGGACAACGAGCUCGGUUCCUUGGCGGAAGCUUUGGACGGCAGGUACGUCUUGCCGGGCCCGGGCGGGGAUCCGAUUCGUAACCCGAAGGUUUUGCCGACGGGUAAGAACAUCCACGCCUUGGAUCCGCAAGCGAUCCCGACUGGUGCCGCGGUUGCUUCCGCGAAGGUUGUCGUCGACCGUUUGAUUGAACGUCAACGCGUCGAGAACAACGGCGUCUACCCGGAGUCCAUCGCUUUGGUCUUGUGGGGUACCGACAACAUCAAGACGUACGGUGAGUCUUUGGCGCAAGUCAUGUUGAUGGUUGGUGUCAACCCGGUCCCGGAUGCUUUGGGCAGAGUCAACAAAUUGGAAUUGAUUCCGUUGGAAGAACUCGGCCGACCGAGAAUUGACGUCGUCGUCAACUGCUCCGGCGUCUUCAGAGAUUUGUUCGUCAACCAAAUGAACUUGUUGGAUCGCGCCGUCAAGCUCGCCGCCGAGCAAGACGAACCGCCUGAGAUGAACUUUGUCCGCAAGCACGCCUUGGAGCAAGCCGAAGAGCUCGGUUUGUCCGUCCGCGAAGCCGCGACGAGAAUCUUCUCCAACGCGUCUGGUUCUUACUCAUCCAACGUCAACUUGGCGGUUGAGAACUCGUCGUGGAACGACGAAUCUCAAUUGCAAGACAUGUACUUGAACCGCAAAUCCUUUGCGUUCAACUCUGAUUCCCCGGGCAGUGGCAUGGAAAUCAAGAGAGAAAUCUUCGAAUCCUCCUUGUCCAAGGUUGAUGUCACUUUCCAAAACCUUGAUUCGUCCGAAAUCUCCUUGACGGACGUUUCCCACUACUUCGAUUCCGAUCCGACCAAGUUGGUUGCCGGCGUGAGAAAAGACGGUAAAAUGCCGGCUUCCUUCAUCGCCGAUACGACCACUGCCAAUGCGCAAGUCCGAUCGUUGUCCGAAACCAUGCGCUUGGACUCUAGAACGAAGUUGUUGAACCCGAAGUGGUACGAAGGCAUGUUGGCCUCUGGCUACGAAGGUACCCGCGAAAUCCAAAAGAGAUUGAACAACACUCUCGGUUGGUCCGCGACCUCCGGCCAAGUCGACAACUGGGUCUACGAAGACGCCAACAACGUCUACAUGGCCGACCCGGAAAUGCAAAAGAGAUUGAUGGAAACCAACCCGAACUCGUUCAGAAAGAUGGUUGCGAACUUUUUGGAAGCGAACGGCAGAGGCUACUGGGAAACCAGCGAAGAAAACAUCGAGCGCUUGCGACAGUUGUACAUGGAAGUCGAAGACAAGAUCGAAGGUGUGGAAUAA